CUUCAACGUGUAGGUAAAGAAAGAAAAAAAUAACAAAGCAGUGCAAUGUACUCUGUUUCUUCCUCUUCCUUCAUCUCUACAUUCUCUCCUAAACCCUCUCUUCAUCUUCGCCACUCAUCUUCCUCUCGUCUUCUUCCCCGUAUCAACUCCACCGUCGUCGAAGAACGAUCCCCGAUCAUUAACCCAAGCGAAAACAAUGGCCCUCCUCAUAAGAAACUCUACACUCGGACUAACCGCAACGCAGUUGCAUCUCCGGCGAAACUCCGACCAGAAACGACUCUCGUAGCAGCCCUCUUCACCACCGUAGAAGAUGCCAUCAACACGUUCAUCGAUCCACCGUCACGUCCUUCCGUAGAUCCAAAACACGUUCUCUCAGGUAACUUCGCUCCUGUUCUCGACGAGCUUCCUCCAACGGAAUGUGAGAUCAUCCACGGCUCUCUUCCUCCGUCUCUUGACGGCGCUUACAUCCGUAACGGCCCGAACCCACAGUUUCUCCCUCGUGGCCCUUACCACCUAUUCGACGGUGACGGCAUGCUUCACGCGAUUCGUAUCCGUAAUGGUAAAGCCACGCUCUGUAGCAGAUUCGUCAAGACUUAUAAGUACAACGUCGAGAAACAAAACGGAGCUCCCGUGAUACCUAACGUGUUUUCGGGAUUUAACGGCGUGACGGCGUCAGUUGCUCGUGGAGCUUUAACGGCGUUAAGGGUUUUAGCGGGACAGUAUAAUCCGGUUAACGGCAUUGGUUUGGCUAAUACGAGUCUAGCGUUCUUCUGUAACCGUCUCUUCGCUUUAGGAGAAUCUGAUUUACCCUACGCCGUACGAUUAACGGACACUGGAGAUAUAGAAACGAUCGGACGGUUCGAUUUCGACGGGAAGUUAGAGAUGAGCAUGACAGCUCACCCGAAAACCGAUCCUGAAACCGGAGAAACGUUCGCUUUCCGGUACAGUCCGGUUCCACCGUUUUUAACGUUUUUCCGGUUUGAUUCAACCGGGAAGAAACAAAGAGACGUUCCGGUUUACUCCUUGACGUCUCCAUCGUUCGUUCACGACUUCGCGAUCACGAAGAGGCACGCAAUCUUCGCGGAGAUUCAGAUCGUGAUGAGGAUGAAUAUAAUGGAUCUGGUGCUCGAGGGGGGAUCUCCGGUUGGUGCUGACAACCGGAAAACGCCGCGGCUCGGAGUGAUUCCUCGUAACGCCGGCGAUGAUUCGGAGAUGAAAUGGUUUGAAGUUCCUGGAUUCAACAUCAUUCACGCUAUCAAUGCUUGGGAUGAAAACGAUGGAACCACCGUCGUUUUGAUCGCUCCGAAUAUUAUGUCCAUCGAGCAUACGUUAGAGAGGAUGGAUCUCGUUCACUCCUUGGUGGAGAAGGUGAAGAUCGAUCUCGUCACAGGAAUCGUGACACGUCAUCCGAUCUCCGCGAGGAACCUCGAUUUCGCGGUGAUCAAUCCGGCGUUUCUCGGGAGGCGGAGCCGGUACGUGUACGCGGCGAUCGGGGAUCCGAUGCCGAAGAUCUCCGGAGUGGUGAAGCUCGACGUGAGUAAAGGCGAUCGGGAUGAUUGCACGGUGGCGCGUAGAAUGUACGGUCCAGGUUGUUACGGCGGCGAACCGUUUUUCGUAGCGAGGGAUCCUGGUGAUCAGGAGGCAGAGGAGGAUGACGGUUACGUGGUGACAUAUGUUCACGAUGAGGUGGCUGGAGAGUCGAAGUUUUUGGUGAUGGACGCGAAGUCGCCGGAGCUUGAAAUCGUCGCGGCCGUGAGGUUGCCGCGAAGGGUUCCGUACGGAUUCCACGGACUAUUUGUAAAGGAGAGCGACGUUAAUAAGCUUUAACUAAAACAAAGGAUUAAGUGUUUAAUCACGCUCCGUUUAAUGGAGACAAAGCACAUAUAGUGUUGUUAUAUUUGAAACAUUAUAGUAUACAUAAUUUGGCGGUGGUAGUUUGUAUACAAAAUUAUCAAACCUUAUAUUAAAUUAUUUUUCUUUC